CAUGAAAAGUACCUCAACAGGAUCUUAUCGGUAUUUAGGUGAGGUCCAAACGGGCUCUGUCACCACUUCACCGUCUCUCUUCGUCUCCGGUUACCUCCUCUAAAUUCUAAUUCAAAUCCUCCUGUUCUGCGAAAUUCUCUUUUGUUUACGUAUCUCCGAUCGCCGGAAAUCGGAGAUUCGUCAAAUUUCUCGGCAGGAAUGUCUCAGUCUCUUAAUUUCUUAACUUCUACUUACAGUUCGCCGAACUUCACAUUUGCAAAGCACUCCCACUCAAAACCCUAUUUGUCUGCCUUUAGUCCUCCUUUUCCGGUCAAACUAGUGAGAAGAUCGAUCGCGGCGUCGUGUUCCGACCUCGAUGCACAGUCGUCGGUGCUUUCGUCGGUUAACGGCAAGGGCGGUGGAGCGUUGCCGGAUUACAAGUGGUGGUCGGCGGAUUCGAGCUCGAUCGAGGUGGAUACGGUAACGGAGGCGGAGCUGAAGGAAAACGGAUUCCGGAGCACGCGGCGGACGAAGCUGGUCUGCACGAUUGGGCCAGCGACGUGUGGAUUCGAGCAGCUGGAGGCGUUGGCCGUGGGCGGGAUGAAUGUGGCGCGAAUCAACAUGUGCCACGGCACGCGCGACUGGCACCGGAGGGUGAUCCAGCGGGUGAGAAGGUUGAAUGAAGAGAAAGGCUAUGCUGUUGCAAUCAUGAUGGACACUGAAGGCAGUGAGAUUCACAUGGGCGAUCUCGGUGGUGCUCCUUCAGCAAAAGCCGAGGAUGGGGAGAUAUGGACUUUUAGUGUUCGAGUCCUUGAUUCAGCUUGCCCUGAACGUGCUAUCCAUGUGAACUAUGACGGUUUUUCUGAAGAUGUGAAAGUUGGGGAUGAACUCCUAGUGGAUGGUGGAAUGGUAAGGUUUGAGGUGAUUGAGAAAAUUGGUCCAGAUGUCAAGUGCCGGUGUACUGAUCCUGGACUUUUGCUUCCUCGGGCUAACCUGACUGUUUGGCGGGCUGGAAGUGUGGUGCGGGAACGUAAUGCCAUGCUCCCUACAAUUUCCUCCAAGGAUUGGUUGGACAUUGAUUUUGGAAUUGCAGAGGGGAUUGAUUUUAUUGCAAUAUCAUUUGUCAAGUCCGCUGAGGUGAUUAAUCAACUUCAAAGCUAUAUUAAGGCACAGUCUCCGGAUGGUGAUAUUGCAGUCAUUGCAAAGAUAGAGAGUAUUGACUCUUUGAAGAACUUGGAGGAGAUCAUUCUAGCAUCAGAUGGAGUUAUGGUUGCGAGAGGGGAUCUGGGUGCUCAGAUUCCACUGGAACAGGUCCCUGCAACCCAGCAAAAGAUUGUCCAGCUGUGCAGGAAGUUAAAUAGGCCUGUUAUUGUUGCCUCUCAGCUGCUUGAAUCCAUGAUUGAAUACCCCACGCCUACCAGAGCCGAAGUGGCUGAUGUUUCUGAAGCAGUUAGGCAACGUGCAGAUGCUUUAAUGCUCUCUGGUGAGUCAGCUAUGGGACAGUUCCCUGAGAAAGCAUUGGCAGUGCUGAGGAGUGUUAGCUUGAGGAUUGAAAGGUGGUGGAGGGAAGAGAAACGCCAUGAAGUUAUAGGACUACCAGAUAUGGGACCUUCUUUUGCCAACAGUAUUUCGGAAGAGAUCUGUAGUUCUGCUGCAAAGAUGGCCAACAAUUUAAAGGUGGAUGCACUCUUUGUCUACACAAAGACAGGACAUAUGGCAUCUCUCCUCUCACGUUACCGACCUGACUGCCCAAUUUUUGCAUUUACAACCACAGCAUCCGUACGUAGGCGUCUGAACCUGCAGUGGGGUCUUAUCCCGUUCCGCCUGAGCUUCUCUGAUGAUAUGGAAAGCAACCUCAACAAAACUUUUUCCUUGCUCAAGGCCAGGGGAAUGAUCAAAUCAGGUGACCUUGUCAUUGCUGUCUCUGAUAUGUUGCAAUCCAUUCAAGUUAUGAAUAUUCCAUGAUAAACAUCAGUAGGUUUUUGGCCCAUGCUAAUGUUAUUAAUUAGGGUGCUUUUUCUACUACUGUUAGUUUGAAACUUAGUCCUUGCCGAGAAAGAGAACAUAGGGUAAUCUAAGUGGUCAGAUAUUUAAGAGGUAAUCCGUAAACUCAACCAGGGUCCUGUGUCCUUUGGAUGGUGAUAUGUCACGGCUGUAAUAUGAAUAGUUGUCGUUGGCAUUACAAUCUAUCAAGAUAUUAUGUAUUUAAAUAUUUUUUUA